AUGGCGACUCUCACGGCAGUCCAAACAAGGACGUUGACUCUAACGGAGCCCUCCCUCAAGUCAGAUCAGAUCAGAAUCAAAGAAGAAGAAAACGAAGAAGCACUGGAUCUGCCUGAUCUUCCACUACCGCCGCCAUCAAAACCGCCCACGGAGAUCCUGGCCGUAGAUAAGGGCACCCCGGAUAACCAUGUGCCACGAGAUGCCCGCCUUAUCCGGUUGACGGGCGUACACCCUUUCAACGUAGAGCCACCUUUAACCGCUCUGUACAACGAAGGCUUCUUAACGUCACCGGAGCUGUUUUACGUUAGGAACCAUGGCCCCGUGCCGUGCGUCCAAGAUGAGGAGAUUCCCAAUUGGGAGAUUAGCAUUGAAGGACUGGUACAGAACCCGAUCGUCCUAAGCUUCCGCCAGAUCCUGCAACAGUUCGACCAAAUCACAUCCCCCAUCACGCUAGUAUGCGCAGGAAACCGUCGAAAAGAGCAGAACAUCGUGCGCAAAUCGAAAGGUUUCUCAUGGGGUUCGGCUGCCCUGUCGACGGCCCUGUUCACAGGGCCAAUGAUGGCAGAUAUCCUGCGCAAGGCGAAACCCCUGCGCAGUGCAAAAUACGUCUGCAUGGAAGGGGCCGACAAAUUGCCAAACGGCCACUACGGCACGUCGGUCAAGUUGAACUGGGCGAUGGAUCCCAACAGGGGGAUUAUGCUCGCCCACAAGAUGAAUGGAGAAUCGCUUCGUCCGGACCAUGGACGCCCGCUUAGGGCAGUCGUGCCGGGCCAGAUCGGAGGUCGGAGUGUCAAGUGGUUGAAGCGAUUGAUUCUGACCGAUGCACCCAGUGAUAACUGGUAUCAUAUCAAUGACAAUCGUGUUUUACCGACGACGGUUUCGCCGGAAAUGGCAUCUAGUGACCCUAAAUGGUGGCGUGACGAUCGAUACGCCAUUUAUGACCUGAACGUCAAUUCCUCCGUCGUCUACCCACAACACGAAGAGACUUUAGAAAUCGCGUCCGCUGGACCGUCCUACACGGCCAAGGGGUAUGCCUAUGCUGGAGGUGGUCGACGAAUUACCAGGGUUGAGAUCUCCGUGGACAAAGGCAACUCCUGGCGGCUGGCCGACAUCCAUUACGCCGAAGACAAGUACCGCGACUUCGAGGGCAACCUCUUCGGCGGAAAAGUCGACAUGCACUGGCGAGAGACCUGUUUCUGCUGGUGCUUCUGGUCGCUUGACAUUCCGUUGCUGGACCUCGAGAGAAGCGAGGCGAUCCUAGUGAGAGCCAUGGACGAGGCGCUGAGCAUCCAGCCGCGCGACAUGUACUGGUCCGUUCUCGGAAUGAUGAACAACCCCUGGUUCCGCGUGACAAUCACGAAAGAAAACGGGGUUCUGAAGUUCGAGCAUCCCACUCAUCCGAGCAAGCCCGGCGGCUGGAUGGAACGCGUCAAGCAAGAGGGAGGUGAUCUAAUAAACGGGAACUGGGGCCAGAGACAUGUGGGUGAGAAGCCGAGAGCUCCCGAGCCGGUGAAGGAAAUCAGUAUGAAAAAGGACGGAGUCAAUCGGAUGAUUGAUCUGCAGGAGUUCAAGAGUGCAUCCAGUGACGAGAGCCCGUGGUUCGUUGUUGACGGCGAGGUAUACGAUGGCAAGGGGUUCCUCGAGGGCCACCCGGGGGGGGCACAGAGUAUUAUUUCCUCUGCGGGCCUUGAUGUCUCUGGGGACUUUCUCGCCAUCCACAGCGAAACGGCCAAGGCAAUGAUGCCCGAAUACCACAUCGGAACAAUGGACAAGGCGUCACUCGAAGCGCUGAACACCGAAACUGCAUCAGAACCUGCCGAGCCACGAGAGAUCUUCCUCCAACAAAGAUCAUGGACAACAGCAACCCUCACACAAACAAGAGCCAUCUCACCCGACACACGCAUACUAACAUUCCGCCUCGAGCACGACACCCAAACCCUUGGCCUCCCAAUCGGCCAACACCUAAUGCUCAAAACCCCAGACCCCACAACCAACUCCCCAAUCAUCCGAUCCUACACCCCCAUCUCCGACCCAGCCAAAAAAGGAACAAUAGACCUCCUCAUCAAAGUCUACUUCGCGACCUCCACCACACCAGGCGGAAAGAUGACUCUAGCCCUCGACAAGCUCCCCAUCGGAUCCAGUAUCGAGUUCAAAGGCCCGACAGGAAGAUUUGAAUACCUCGGCCAAGGACGAGUCACCAUCAGCGGCAAGGAGCGCCGCGUGCGCUCUUUCAUCAUGAUAUGCGGCGGCACGGGGAUCACGCCCAUCUUUCAGGUUCUGCGCGCUGUGAUCCAGGACUCCCGUGAUCCGACUACAUGCACUGUCAUCGACGGAAACAGGCGGGAGGAAGAUAUCCUGUGUCGAGCGGAACUGGACGCGUUCGUGGCGGAGGACAGUGAGAGGUGUCAGGUGAUACACACUUUGACGAACCCGCCAGAUUCAUGGACUGGCCUUCGCGGCCGCAUAUCUGAGAGACUCCUGGAGCAGUACGCUCCGCCUGAUGAGGAAAGCAUGGUGCUUGUUUGUGGUCCCGAGGCUAUGGAGAAGUCUGCUCGCCGGAUUCUCCUUGCGCAGGGCUGGUCGGAGUCGAAUCUCCAUUUCUUUUAG